CAGAAGAUAGCUUGAUUGUUCCCCCUUUAAUCGGACUCAUGAUGAUAAUAAUAUUAUUAAUACAUUAUCAUGUCACAUGAUGUGGAAUAGCACAGACACAUAUCAGAUGUAAUCAGCGCACCUCGAGAUCUGAAACACUGUAUGGUAUACUAUAUAGGCUAUUAGGAAAGAGAAUACGUUUUUUUUAACCAAACAACCUUCAGUGAGUACAGACUGCUAAUGAAAUGGCAAGUUCUGUUUUUAUAUAAGUUGGUCUGAUUGAUCAUUAUGACCGCUGACGGCAUACACGUGAACUGGUUCAUUAGGAUAGUUGUAGCCUAGGUCUUCUUUGUGGCCAGUAUCCUCCCACGCAUGUCCUUGUAGGAAACACGUCUCCAGCCCGACAAAUAUGGCCAAAUCGUAUAUUUCCAUUCAGCGACAUAUUCGGUUUAUUCUGUUUCCAUAAAACAUCUAUAAUUAUUUAGGAUAUUAUAUCUACCUCUAAGUAUUAGCCCAGCUAUGGCUACCGCACCUAUGUGAGCUAAACAGUAACAUUGCUACAGUGACAUGUCCCGUAUCCCACCACCACUUGGUUGGAGGGUCUACCGCGAGGAACCUCACUAGGUUUGUUCAAGUUUUGAAAUCUGAUAGGGGAAGCAGUAUGUGCAGCUGAUGCGCCAAAUGCUAAAAAUAAUCCGCCUCCAAUUCGGUGUGAUUGCUAUCUCCAAAAACCAGCCAACCGGAAUGACACCCUGUGAAGACUUCUGAGUUUUGCUGACCUUGCACGACUCCCAUUUCUUCCUUGGUACUCUCCCUUCGGCAUCAGCGGACCAAUCAGGUGGGAUGGACCUACCGUCAUACUGUCGCAAUAAUGGGACCCAGCGUGUAGCGGGUUUGCCGGACCAAUCAGGUGGAAUGCCCGGCCUGUCGUUCUGCGGCAAUGACAGGAAUAAGAGUGCCUACAGUGUGGAAGACGGAGUGUUGAACAAUGGCUGCUUCGUGGAUGCCCUCAACCUGGUCCCUCAUGUGUUUCUGCUCUUCAUCACUUUCCCCAUCCUCUUCAUCGGCUGGGGCAGUCAGAGCUCUAAGGUCCAGAUCCACCACAACACAUGGCUCCACUUCCCUGGACACAAUCUACGCUGGAUCCUAACCUUCACAUUGCUGUUUGUCCACGUGUGUGAGAUUGCUGAGGGCAUCGUCUCCAACAUACAGAUGGAAACGAAUCACCUCCACCUGUUCAUGCCAGCAUUUAUGGGUUUCAUAGCCGCCACCACGUCGGUGGUGUACUACCACAACAUCGAGACAUCCAACUUCCCAAAACUACUUCUUGCUCUGUUCAUUUAUUGGAUUCUCGCGUUCAUCACCAAGUCCAUUAAGCUGUGGAAGUUUGCGGAGUGUUACGUUGGAGUGCGACACCUACGGUUCUGUAUCAACGCCAUGCUGGUCAUAUUGUACGGACUCCUCAUGGCUGUAGAGAUCAACGUCAUCAGGGUCAGGAGGUACGUGUUCUUUGCCAACCCCCAGAAGGUGAAGCCUCCAGAGGACCUCCAGGACCUGGGAGUGAGAUUCCUCCAGCCCUUUGUCAACCUCCUGUCCAAGGCCACAUACUGGUGGAUGAACCCUCUCAUCAUAGGAGCCCAUAAAAGACCCAUUGAGCUGAAGAAGAUAGGCAAGCUGCCCAUCGCGAUGCGAGCACUCACCAACUACCUGAAGCUCAAAGAUGCCUACGAGGAUCAGAGGCAGAACGUGGAGGAACCAGACAAAGCUCCAUCCCUGUGGCGUUCCAUGUACCGGGCGUUCGGCCGACCCAUCCUCCUCAGCAGUACCUUCCGCUACCUGGCUGACCUGCUGGGCUUCGCCGGGCCGCUGUGCAUCUCUGGCAUCGUCAAACACCUCAACACCAAGCCUAACUCCACCAAGUCAGACGAUGACAUCUAUUUCGGGGUCUACUUCAUGUCGUCCACGCAGCUGCUCCAGAACACGUCAGUGCUGGCUGUCCUGCUGUUUCUGGCCCUGAUCUUACAGCGCACCUUCCUACAGGCGUCUUAUUACGUCACCAUAGAGACCGGCAUCAACCUCCGCGGUGCUCUGCUGGCGAUGAUCUACAACAAGAUCCUCCGUCUGUCCACCUCCAACAUGUCCAUGGGAGAAAUGACCCUGGGACAGAUCAACAACCUGGUCGCCAUAGAAACCAACCAGCUCAUGUGGUUCCUGUUCUUAUGUCCCAACCUCUGGGCCAUGCCGGUUCAGAUUGUGAUGGGCGUGAUCCUGUUGCACUACCUCCUGGGCACCAGUGCCCUGAUUGGUGCGUCCGUCAUUGUGCUGCUGGCUCCAGUCCAAUACCUGAUCGCCACCAAGCUGGCCGACACCCAGAAAAGCACACUGGACCACUCUACAGACCGUCUGAAGAAGACCUCCGAGAUCCUGAAGGGCAUCAAGCUGCUGAAGCUGUACGCCUGGGAGAACAUCUUCUGUGACAGUGUGGAGGACACCAGGGGAAAGGAGCUCACCAGCCUCAGAACCUUCGCCCUCUACACCUCCAUGUCCAUUUUCAUGAAUGCCGCUAUACCCAUUGCCGCGGUGCUUGUGACGUUUGUCAGCCACGUCCUAAUCAUCGGAUCCAGACCCAGCCCCUCUGAGGCCUUCGCCGCUCUGGCCCUCUUCCAUAUCCUAGUCACCCCCCUCUUCCUGCUGUCCACCGUGGUCCGCUUCGCAGUCAAGGCCCUAGUCAGUGUCCAGAAACUGGGCGAGUUCCUGCAGAGUGACGAGAUUGGCGAGGACAGCUGGAGGAAUGGAGACAUGUCCGUAUCUCUAGACACGUGUACAAAACACCCUGGGGGGACCAAGGCUAUAAACAGGAAGCGGCCUCUGCGUUACCAGAUGGACAACUAUGAGCAGCCGUCACGCAGGCCACUGCGGCCCAACGAGACCGAGGACGUAGCUGUCAAGGUGAGCCACGGUUUUUUCACGUGGGGAAGCAACCUGUCAACGUUGGCCGACAUCAACGUCUGCAUUCCCACAGGUCAGCUGACCAUGAUCGUGGGCCAGGUGGGUUGUGGGAAAUCAUCCCUGCUGUUGGCCAUGCUGGGUGAGAUGCAGAGCAUCAGUGGGAAGGUCUGCUGGAGCAAACUGCCUGAGUGUGAGAUGCUGCACGAGGCCAACAGUUGUGUUGAGAUGGACCUGUCUCUAGAAGAAACCAGGAGUAAGAACAGGUACUCCGUGGCCUACGCUACCCAGAAGUCCUGGCUGCUGAAUGCCACCGUGGAGGAGAACAUCACGUUUGGCAGUCCCUUCAAUAAGCAGCGAUACAAGACUGUGAUCGACGCCUGCUCCCUGCAGCCUGACAUUGACCUCCUGCCAUUUGGAGACCAGACUGAGAUUGGAGAGAGGGGCAUCAACCUGAGUGGAGGUCAGAGACAGAGGAUCUGUGUUGGCCGGGCUCUAUACCAGAACACCAACAUUGUCUUCCUGGACGACCCGUUCUCGGCGCUGGACAUCCACCUCAGUGAUCACCUGAUGCAGGAGGGCAUCCUGAAGUUUCUACAGGACGAUAAGCGAACCGUGGUGCUCGUCACACACAAGCUACAGUACCUCAUCCACGCUGACUGGAUCAUAGCCAUGAAAGAUGGCUCUGUGCUGAGGGAUGGAACUCUGAAGGACAUCCAGACCCACGAUGUGGAGCUCUACGAACACUGGAAGACCCUCAUGAACCGACAGGACCAGGAACUGGAGAAGGACACGGAGAUUGAUAACUGUCAGACAGCUCUGGAGAGGAAGACGCUGCGAAGAGCUUUCUACUCCAGAGAAGCUAAGAACCAGGUGUACGACGACGAAGAAGAGGAGGAAGAGGAGGAAGAGGAUGACGACAACAUGUCGACCACGACUAGUCGGCGGUCCAAGAUACCGUGGAGUCUGUGUUGGCGUUACCUGUCCUCGGGUGGCUUCUUCAUGGUCUUCCUCAUGAUCUUCUCCAAGCUGCUCAAACACUCAGUCAUGGUGGCCAUUGACUACUGGCUGGCCACUUGGACCGCUACCAAGACAGAGAACACACCGGUCAAUAGCACCACUGAUGAUUCGGCGAACAUCGUCAGCGCCGUUACGGCGUCUGUCUUCGCCAAUCUGACCGACUUAGCCAACUCAACCGGUGGUCUGAAUGCAACGGCUGGUAAUGAGAAGACGGACUGCGAGUACAUGUCGGUGUUCAUCGUCCUGUGCGCCGCCGGGAUAGUCCUGUGUCUCAUCACCUCCCUGACGGUGGAGUUCCUAGGCCUGUCCGCCGCCACCAACCUGCACCACAACCUCCUCAACAAGAUCAUCCACGCGCCCAUCAGGUUCUUUGACGUGACCCCCUUGGGUCAGAUCCUGAACCGUUUCUCAGCCGACACCAACAUCAUAGACCAGCAUAUUCCUCCCACGCUGGAGUCUCUGACACGCUCCACUCUGCUAUGCCUGUCAGCCAUUGGUGUCAUAGCGUUCGUCACCCCAUUUUUCCUCAUCACUCUGUUUCCUCUGGCCGUGAUCUUCUACUUUAUACAGAAGUACUUCCGGGUCGCCUCAAAAGACCUACAGGACUUGGAUGAUUCCACCCAGCUUCCUCUGCUCUGCCACUUCUCGGAGACAGCAGAAGGACUUACCACCAUCCGAGCUUUUAGACACGAGGCACGUUUCAAGCAGAGGAUGCUGGAGUUGACAGACACCAACAACACAGCGUAUCUCUUCCUCUCCGCUGCCAACCGGUGGUUAGAGGUCAGAACGGACUACCUUGGGGCUGUGAUAGUUCUAACAGCAGCAGUAACCUCCAUAUGGAGCUCUCUCUAUCUACUUCCCUCUGCCCUAGUAGGUCUGGGUCUGACGUAUGCCCUAACAGUGACCAACUACUUGAACUGGGUGGUCAGGAACCUGGCCGACUUGGAAGUCCAGAUGGCUGCUGUCAAGAAAGUCAACAGCUUCUUGAGUACUGAGUCCGAGAACUACGAAGGAUCCAUGGACAACUCCCAGGUCCCUGAAGACUGGCCUCAACAUGGAGACAUAAAGAUCCAGGAUCUGUCAGUCCGUUACGACCCCCUUCUGAAGCCGGUCCUCAAACAUGUCAGCGCCUACAUUAACCCCGGUCAGAAAGUGGGAAUAUGUGGACGCACAGGAAGUGGAAAGUCCUCCCUCUCUCUGGCCUUCUUCAAUAUGGUUGACAUGUUUGAAGGGCAGAUCCUCAUUGACGGCGUGGACAUCAGUAAGCUACCUCUUCAGACCCUGAGGUCCCGCCUCUCCAUCAUCCUCCAGGACCCUGUGUUGUUCAGCGGAUCAAUUCGGUUUAACCUGGACCCAGAGCGCACCUGUACAGACGACAGACUGUGGGAGGCACUGGAGAUCGCCCAGCUGAAGAACAUGGUCAAAGCCCUGCCUGGAGGCCUUGACGCAGUGGUGACAGAGGGUGGGGAAAACUUCAGUGUGGGUCAAAGACAGCUGUUCUGUCUGGCCAGAGCCUUCGUCAGGAAGAGCUCCAUUCUCAUCAUGGACGAAGCCACCGCAUCCAUCGACAUGGCUACGGAGAACAUCCUACAGAAGGUGGUGAUGACAGCCUUUGCGGACCGAACAGUUGUCACCAUUGCACACCUGGUGUCCUCCAUCUUGGAGGCUGAGCAGGUGCUGGUGUUCUCCGCGGGGAAGCUAGUGGAGUGCGACUCUGCGGCCAAUCUGCUAGCGCAGCAGGAGAGCCUCUUCAGUGUCUUAGUGAGAGCUAACAAGUAGGCCUAUUCCCGCCCGCCCUCCCAGGCGUCUUCGGCCUCCCGGCAUCGGGUCCAUACCAUCCUGGAAGCCGACCUGGUGAUCGUAAUGAAGCGAGGCAACAUCAUGGAGAUUGACAGACCGGAGGCCCUUUUGGAGCAG